AUGAAUCACGAGUAUCCACAAGUGAUCCACAAAAACAAUUUGAUUUUGCACUUUAUUCAUGAAUUAAAAAUUAUUAAAUAAUGAAUGAAUUGUUACAAAAACACGGGUGCUCGAAUGUAUUCUCAAUCCCAGAUGGUCUCAAGGAGCUUAUGUCUGAUAUUUCUCGAGAAGUUAUAAGAGAACAGCCUGCCGAUAUUCUACAAUUCAUCACCAACUACCUCUCCGCACUCAUCACCACCCGGGAACAUGGUGUCAUGGCGGUCCGAAUCCUGGACGACCUAUGCGACUGCAGACCCUCACUGUCAGAGCAUCUGAUGCAGAUGGGACUUCCUGAAGAUGAGGCGAAGGAUAUAGCGAACAUCAUAAGUGAGGAGAUUGAAGGGUUCGAGCCAGCAGAUGAGAAAGAUAAGAUUAAGGAAAGCAAAAUUCUUGGUUGUAUACUGAAGAAGAUGCCCUUGGAUGAGGAGAUGGCAGCUAAAGUAUGCGAAAUUGCGAGGAACGCAUAUAGAGAUUACUGGUACAAAAAGAAUGUCGAGGCAGAGAAAAUUAAUCCGAAAUCUGAACCUUGGGAGAUAGCGGCGCGGCACACGCUUGCUAAAUAUAAGAACAGUAGACCCACAAUGCAGGAGAUGAACCAAGCAGCUGAGAAAAUACAGGCUGCCUACAAAGGAUACCACGACCGUAAGAGUUUGCCGCAUUACUCGAAGCAACAUGACAUAUUGAUUCCAAAAAACUACUCUUUGCCGUCUACACUGACUACUGGGUCACGAACUAUCGAUUUUGGACAUAUCAUUAACAUCAAAGUCCAAGAAGAUAACAUAGAAGCACUAUUCGAUGAGCAGUACAAUAAAUCAGAGAAUACAUGCCUAUGUAUACCCAAUGAUAAGAAGAUAUACAACACACCAGCUGAUGUAAUGUCAAGACACUCGGAGACACAAGGUCCUCAUGGUUUUGAAACUCAGUUAGAUGCAGAAAAUGAUACCACGCCUGCAAAAGCUCCUGACACAAACAAGGACUGGAAAGACAACUUCUACCUAGAAGCUACGAAGCAGGCUAAUAAGAAUCGAGAGGAGCUCAAAAUGUCUGUACCACCCGGUGUUUUGACCGGAGUAACUAUAGGACAAGAUAUCGAAGAAUGUGAAACUUGUGGUUGUAAUGUUCCUUCUGAGAAUGCGUUGGACGGUUAAUAGGAUAGUAUAAAAACGCAAGAGAACAAAAAGGGAAACAAUGAAUAAUUUCAAGUGAUGUUUAAUUUACAUGUUGUAACAAAAACAAGUGAUAAUACUUUAGGGUGUGUAC